AUCACACAAAACAAGGUUUCAGCACAGUGAAGCAAAACCACCAAAAAAACCAUACGAAAUGCUGUGCCCCUGGCAGUUUGUGUUCAAAUCUCAUGCUGCCAGGAGCCAGUGCCCCAGAGAGAAGGACAUCAACAACAACGUGGAGAAAAAUAGGAAGAUCCAUGGCUCAGAAAAGGGUGAUGCCAAAUUGCACAAUGCCAGCAAGAAGCAGAUGGAGAGGCUGCCUAUCAUGACUCCAGCAAAGCCCAGUGAGGGAGGAGAGAAUCUCCCUCCAAAUGACAUCAAAGUUUCAAACCAAAUAUCAGGAUGUCCAAGACAUGUAAGAAUAAGAAACUUGGAAAAUGGAUCCAGCUUUCUUGACACACUACACCUGACUGCAAAAGAGGUUAUCAGCUGCCAGACCAAGGCCUGCCAAGGGUCACUCAUGACCCCAAAGGGCCUGGUGAGAGGUACCAGAGAUGGGCCAGUUCCACCAGAGGAUCUUUUACCUCAGGCAGUAGACUUCCUCAAGCAAUACUACAGUUCAUUUAAAGAGCCAAAAACCAAAGAACAGCUGGGCCGGCUGGAAGCAGUGACCAAGGAGAUAGAAACAACAGGAACCUACCAGCUGACAAAGGAUGAGCUGACCUUUGCUGCCAAGCAGGCCUGGAGGAAUGCACCCAGGUGCAUCGGGAGAAUCCAGUGGGCCAACCUGCAGGUGUUUGAUGCACGGGACUGUAAAACAGCCAAGGAAAUGUUUGAGCAUAUUUGUCAUCAUAUUCAGUAUGCCACAAACAAUGGUAAUAUAAGGUCAGCCAUCACGGUGUUCCCGCCCAGGACGGACGGGCAGCACGAUUUCCGCGUGUGGAACAGCCAGCUGAUCCGCUACGCUGGCUACCAAAGGCCAGGUGGCUCUGUCCUUGGAGACCCUGCCACUGUGGAGUUCACUCAGUUGUGCAUCAAGCUUGGGUGGAAGCCGAAAUAUGGCCGCUUUGAUGUGCUUCCACUUGUUCUCCAAGCAAAUGGCCAAGACCCAGAAAUAUUUGAAUUACCUCCAGAAAUUGUCCUCCAAGUGCCAAUGGAGCAUCCAAAGUACGAGUGGUUUAAGGAGCUGGACCUGAGGUGGUACGCGCUGCCCGCCGUGGCCGGCAUGCUGCUGGAGGUGGGAGGGCUGGAGUUCCCCGCGUGCCCCUUCAAUGGCUGGUACAUGGGCACAGAGAUCGGAGUGCGCGACUUCUGCGACGCGCAGCGCUACAACGUCCUCAAGGAGGUAGGGAGGAGAAUGGGACUGGAAACAAACAAACUGUCAUCAUUAUGGAAGGACCGAGCUGUUGUAGAGAUCAAUGUGGCUGUGCUUCACAGCUUCCAGAAACAGAAUGUGACCAUCAUGGAUCACCACUCGGCCUCCGAGUCCUUCCUGAAGUACAUGCAGAGCGAGUACCGCGCGCGGGGCGGCUGCCCCGCAGACUGGGUGUGGAUUGUGCCUCCCAUGUCAGGCAGCAUAACCCCCGUGUUCCACCAAGAGAUGUUGAACUAUGUCCUCACUCCCUUCUAUUACUACCAGGUGGAUGCAUGGAAAACACACGUGUGGCAUGAUGAGACCCGGAGGCCAAGGAAAAAAGAAAUAAAGUUUAGCAUCUUGGCAAAGGCUGUGCUCUUUGCAUCCUCACUCAUGCGAGGGGCAGUGGCCAGCAGGGCCAAGGUGACCGUGAUCUACGCCACAGAGACGGGCAAGUCGGAGACGCUCGCCAGCAAGCUGUGCAGCCUGUUCAGCUGUGCCUUCAGCACCAAGAUCCUGUGCAUGGAUGAGUACAAUAUUUGUGACCUGGAAAAAGAAACACUUCUUUUGGUGGUUACUAGCACUUUUGGAAAUGGAGAUUCUCCGGGUAACGGAAAGGCCUUGAAGGACUCCUUGCUCAGACUGAAACUGCUGAGAAACAAAAUUAGGUAUGCUGUGUUUGGCCUGGGCUCCAGCAUGUACCCAGAGUUCUGUGCCUUUGCUCAUGCCAUUGACCAAAAACUGGCCCAGCUUGGGGCUUCCCAGCUCACUCCAGUGGGUGAAGGGGAUGAGCUCAAUGGGCAAGAAGAAGCUUUCCGCAGCUGGGCAGUCAGUGCUUUCCAGGCUGCCUGUGACAUUUUUAACAUCCGUGGGAGACACAGUAUUCAGUUGCCUGAGAUCUACACCUCUGAGGAAAGCUGGGACCCUACCAAUUACAGGCUAGUGCAUGACUCCCAGCCCAUGGACCUGGCUAAAGCUCUUGCAAACAUUCAUGCCAAGGAUGUAAUUCCCAUGAAGCUGAAAUUCAGGCAGAAUCUUCAAAGUUCGAAGUCCAGUCGUGUCACCAUUCUGGUUAAACUGCACUGUGAGGCUGAUCAGGAAGUGCACUACCUUCCUGGGGAGCACCUCGGGGUUUUCCCGGGCAACCAGGCAGAGCUGGUCCAUGGCAUCAUUGCACGUGUCAAGGAUGCCCCUCCAGCUGACCAGACUGUCAGGCUGGAAACCUGCAUUGAUGGUGGGUACUGGGCAAGUCACAAAAAGAUUCCAGCCUGCACACUACCUGAGGCUUUGACAUACCUGCUUGAUAUCACUACUCCACCCUCCCAACAGCUGCUAAAAAAGCUCUCCCAGCUGGUGACAGCAGAAGGAGACAAGCAGAGGCUGGAGGUGCUGUGUCAGAGCACAGAAGAAUACAACAAAUGGAAGUUUUACAACAGCCCAAAUAUCCUGGAGGUGCUGGAGGAGUUCCCCUCUGCUGAGGUCUCCACAGCUUUCCUGCUGACUCAGCUGCCCCUCCUGAAGCCCAGGUACUAUUCUGUCAGCUCCUCCUGUGACAUGACACCCAGAGAGAUUCAUCUGACAGUUGCAGUUGUAAACUACAGGACAAGAGAUGGAGAAGGGCCUGUGCACCACGGCGUCUGCAGCACGUGGCUGGACACGGUCGCGCUCGGUGAAACCGUUCCCUGCUUCAUCCGCAGUGCUGGUGAGUUCCACCUCCCGGAGGAGCCGGCCAAGCCCUGCAUUCUGAUCGGCUCGGGCACGGGCAUCGCUCCCUUCAGGAGCUUCUGGCUGCAGCGCCUCUACGACCUGGAGCACAGAGGGCUCAGAGGAGGGGACAUGACCUUGCUGUUCGGCUGCCGGCGGCCAGACCUGGAUCACAUCUACAGGGAGGAGACUGAGGAGAUGAAGAGGAGGGGAGUCCUCAGAGAUGUCUACACAGCUUACUCCAGACUGCCUGGCCAAGAGAAAGUCUACGUGCAGGACGUGCUGCGGGGGCAGCUGGCGGCCCGCGUGUGCGAGGUGCUGCAGGGGCAGCAGGGCCACGUCUACGUGUGCGGGGACGCGCGCAUGGCGCGGGACGUGGGCGCCGCGCUGCGCGCGCUGCUGGCGCGGGCCCUGCGCCUCGGCCCGCGGCAGGCCCACGAGCAGCUCCAGCAGCUCAAGAGCCAAAAGCGAUACCAUGAAGAUAUAUUUGGGGCUGUGUUCCCACAUGAUGUCAAAAGAGCUUUGCAACCCACCAGCUGAAGAAGAAAUCCACUUGUGUUUUAGACAAUGCUUGCACAUUUGUUAUUUUCAAGAAACAGAGUCAAAUCCUUCUUCUUAUACUUGCUCAAUCAUGCAUGUGUAUAGGGUUGUAGGAUUUGGCUCUUAAACUUCAGCCUUAAUUAAGUAAAAUAUUAAAUUUAAAUUUUGUUGCUAUUUAUUCUGACAUUUUAAUACA